AUGAGCUGCAGUGGAACUAGUAUGGGGAGCCACUCGUUGGCAACUCCGGAACCGUCUGAGAAUCAGGAGCCAAUUGAGAACGAGGCGGUGCUGGAACCCGCAAGCUUUUGGUCGAGGGCGCGGGUCGCGUUCUACAGCGCAAUUGUCAACCAGAAGCAUGGAGAGCUUUUGCACUCGGAAGGAACCGUCUCUGGAGAUGCUCCAGAGGAAGCAAGGGAAGCAGAGGUUGCACAUGAUGAAAUGCCCCCAGAGCCGCAGCGCGUUGGCGAACAGGUCGAGUACAGCCAAUCGAUGCGCGACACCUGGCUGCAAUAUUUGCACGAAGAGAUCACGCUGCUCAAGGUCCAGCGCCAAAACGACUCCCUCGCGCCAGCUCAGGACUCCCCCCCCGGCAGCCGCAAAUCCCAACCCCCCAAGCGCUCCCCCUGGGCCGACCUUCCUUCAGCCUCUCCCCCUCCAAAAGCGACCGGUUCCCUUGUCAAAACCCCUCCGUCCUUUUCUCGAGUAGUCUCCGUUCGGACCGUCCACUCGCGGCCCCCGCGACCGACGUCCGACGAGCUGCCACGUGGCAUGCAGCCACUGGUCCUGCGGAGGCGGGGCCCGUUGAUCCGUUCUGGGUCCCUCACCGCUCUAGUUAUCUCUCAGGCACAGAAAAGCGGGGUGAGUGAUUUCGGGGGCUCGGUAAGCGCGAAAGAUCUAGGCGCGGAGGAUUUGAACGGAAGCGAUGCGGAGAGAAGGAUGAGGGCCGGACGGAGGCAGCGCGCGAAAUCGGGGCUCCCAGGGGGGCUGGAAAGGCUGGCGGAGGAUCCCCCCCGGGCGAAGGCCCCCGCGAGUUCGGCGCAGCGGAGGGCGCAGAGAGCGGUCCUGGAGAGGAACGAAAGCGGCAUCAGCGCUGCGACCGCGGCCGCGGAGGCGGCCCACGUGGGUGGAAAGCGCGUGCGCAGCAUGUGGAGCAAGAUGAAGAUGGCGCUCGGGAGCCGCAGCAAAGACAAGUCCGGGCCGCGGAAGCCGGACAUGGACGCCCUCAGUUCGGCGGUCCGUGCAGGGGAGCUGCCUCCGGCAAAGCGCGGCGCGGCCUGGCUGGCGCUGGCACUACAAGAUGCGCAGGACAUCGUCGACGCGAAGCGCCGGUACGCGAGCUUCAUCGCCCUGAAACUAGAUCAAGAUCCAGAGAUCAAGCGCGACAUCAACCGGACGUUUCCCGAGCAUCCGCUGUUCCAAGAGGAGGACGGACCGGGUCAAAAGGCCCUGCUUAACGUGAUGAAGGCGUAUGCGGCUUACGACCCCGAAGUCGGCUACUGCCAGGGCAUGGCCUUCCUCGCCGCUAUCUUUCUCAUGCACAUGGGCGAAGAAGACGCGUUCGCGGUGCUCAUUCACACCACGUACCGCUGCGGUUUCCGUGCGACUUUCCUCCCGGACAUGGACCAACUCCAGGCCCGGCUGUACCAGCUGACUCAGCUGGUGCAAGAGGCCCUGCCGCAGCUGGAUGCGCACAUGGAAGAGCUGGGGAUUCGGCCGGUGAUGUACGCGGCCCCCUGGUUUCUGACCGCGUUCGCGAGCACCCUUCCGCUUCCGCUCGUGUUCCGCGUCCUUGACGUCAUCCUCGCCGAGCGGAGCUCCGCCAUGAUCUUCCGCACCGCGCUCGUCCUGCUGCAGGUCAGCCUGCGCCAGCUACUGCAAUGCAUCGAGGCGGAGCACUUUGUGCACUUCGUUCGGCGGGAGCUGUCGGUCCAGCUGGAUACUCUAGCGCCGGCGGACUUGGAAGAGAUCCCCGCCAAAGCGCUGCGGGUCGACCUGCCCUUUGACAGCAUGCUGCGACUGGAAGCAGAAUACGAGCUGCUCGCGGAAGAGGCCGCCACCGCGGCAAACGAGAUCGACGCCGCUGCUGACGCCGGCCAGGCGGCCGCAGAGGCGUGGGAGAAAGCGCGCGUGGAGCUGGAAACACGUCUGGCCUUUGCGCUCCAAGCGCAGGCUCGAGCUGAGGCCCAGCUUGCGUCGCUGCUGCAACUGAAAGACGUCCCCUUGGAUCGGAUCCCCUCCAAUUCAGAAAGCGGUCUCUUUGCGGAUAGUACCAGUGUUCUGGAGGGUCCCGUAACUCCCGUCUCGCAAUACACUGGUCAAGAGCCGUCAACGCCUGCGGGCCUUAUAGCGAGGCUUUCCCGCCGCCCAAGUUCGGACGCGCCGGACGCGGGCGAGGAUUCGGACGACGACAGCUUCCAAAGACGCCACGUGCCCUCGGUGGUGCUCCUGAGACGAGUGGGCACUCUACGCCACGAAAGGCAGAGAAUAGACGGGAGUCUGAAAAAGGCGGAGAAAGCGCUGCAGGAAGCCGUUCGGAUAGAAAACAAGCGGCUAGCGAUCGAGAGGAACGGGGGAGUCGCGAGCGGGGGUCGGGCGACGCACAUGCGGCGGGCGAGCUGGGCCGCGUCUCCGGUGCCUUCUUAGCUUCUUAAGGGGAGAAAGUAAGCGAGUGUAUCGCCGUCGUCUUAAACAUGGAUGUGCUCUGUCCGCCGCGCACUGCCAACGGUCCUGAGUUCGUGCAUGAGCAACUUUCACAAUAGCUGCUGCCUUGUAUACGGUUCUACGCAAAUCUGGCAAGGCAAUGAUGAGCACCAUCCCGGGC